AUGGGCUGGAUGAUGAAUAAGCUGAAAAUUAACCCUGGCCAGACGGAGGUUCUUGGGGUUAGCGGAACGGCAGACCAGGGACUUCAGGUCUCACCUGCCUUGGAUGGGGUUAAAAUCCCCUUCAGAAUCGAGGGUCACAGUUUGGGAGUGCCGCUUGACACAGCAGUCACUUUAGACAACCAAGUGGCCGCCGUGGUUCGGAACGUGUUUGCCCAGCUCCAGCUGGUGCAUCAACUGCAUCUGUUCCUGGGUGCCGACCUCUCCGACUACUUCAACUACGGGUUCAACGAGGAGACGUGGAAGGCCUACUGCGAGAAGCAGCGCCGGCUCCAGCUGGGCUUGGAGCCCUCGGCCCCCGUCAGCACGGAGAAUAAGAUCACGGUUCAGCAAGGAAGAACAGGAAAUGCAGAAAAAGAACCAGAGAAUAAUAUUGUCAAGAUGGAUUUUAAAACGGAUUUUGUGGCCCUGGUCGGUGGGCGGAUAAAAGCCGGGCCUCCCCCUAACAGGAAACUGGGUGGGACCAUUGAUGUGAUUGGUGGCCAGGCAGGCACCAUCAGAAGGGUAGAAGGAAGGCGUCGCGAUAAGCAUGCCUCCGAGGAGAACCCCAUUCAGGUUCUUGGGGAUCACGGGAGCAAGUCGCAGCCUCUCCAGCAGCCUCAGCAGCCGUCGCAGCCUCAGCAGCCUCCCCAGCAGCAGCCGUUUGCACCACCGACGGGGCCUCCCCUAGGCGGUCCUCCUCCCAUAGGCGGUCCUCCUCCGCCACACUUCCUCCACCCGCCACCGCCACCGCCAGUUACUGCCGUCCCACCGCCUCUCCAUCCUCCAGGUCUUCCACCACCAGGCCCCAUUCCAGGGUUGUUUCCUCCGCCUCUCGCUCCACCACCGGCCCUCCUCAUCCCAACACUUGAUGGCCAGCCUGCCAGCUUCAGCAACCGGCAGCCACCUCCGUUUGGCUACAGCUCCACAGAUUCAGGCUUCAUCAGCUACCCACCCAUUUCAACGUCUCACGCACCCUGGGUGACCACAGUGGACAAGGCCUCCAGCGCUUCCGACGGCGGCCACUGGGAAUACUCUGUAUCUGACCGAGGGGGCAUGUCGACCCUCAAAGGCUGGUACCCCGAAGAUCAGAGAGCAGCUUGA